CCCCGUCAAAGGCGGAUACUUGCUUGACGUCGCCUCGUCUGCGCUUCUGAUUCUCACAAAGACCUCGACAUCUCUAUCGCAUACACAUACAUCUCCUUAGCCCCAACCUCAGCAUGUCCUUGAUUCGACCCAUCGACAUCCCAGAAGUACUCUACGCCAUCUUCGAUGCUGCUGCCCCUCGACCAGAGCUCGUUUCACAUCGCAGACCGCGAAGGGAGGAGAUAUUAUCAUACGCUCGAAUUCUCGGAAGAUACGCACUGGUGUCCCGACUCUGGAAUGAGUGCGCCACGCCCGCGCUCUGGGAGAUGCUUCCGGACCAACUCCCUUUGUUCAAGCUCCUUCCAGCGGACGCAUGGUCAAUGAUUGAUAGAGAAACUCGGUGGACCCUUCUCGAAAAUGGAAUAGAAUUUGCCUCGAAUCAGAUAUUUGAUAUCAAGAGGGAGCUGAAAGCGGAUGACUGGGUGGUCCUUCAGCGGCUAGCGCCUCAUGUCAAGGCUCUGUGCUUCGCUGGCGGCGCUUUCAUCUCCUUCUGCCUAACCUCGAACGACUUUAUGCCACCACGCUUGAUCGAGACGACAACGAAUUCCUUCCACUUCUCUGCUCCCCAGCGAUCUGGGACCUCCGAGUCACAGUUCUAUUUGACUCCCCUGCAAAGCUGGGCGACGUAUUACGCCAAUGCCCUCGGAUUACCCAUCUCCACCUGGAUGCUCUGUUUCAUGACUUCCUCCAAGAUCAAGCGGCUUGGGGAUUCGACACAUGUGCUGACCAAGCCGGAGAGCGCGCUGACGCUACGAGCGUGGCACACAGCUAUCUUCCGCAGCCUGCGCUCUCUGCAGCUUGCCUCUGUGUGCCCCGCAUUCGCGCUGGCGCUCUUGCGCUCCUUGGGAGGCGCGCCGCGUGCUAUCGAGCGUCUGCACAUGCCGAUCACGCAUUUCCGCACCCGCGACGAGAUGAGGGAGCUUAUCGAAGCGGUGGCGCAACACUGCGCCCCGACGGCGCUGGUCUACCUCAACAUCAUGGCUGGUCAUCUGCCCGCCAUCAAUCUCAGUCAGCCCCUCGACCCGCUCCUUGUAUCGAUCGACUUCUUUCGCCCCCUCGCGCGUCAUCGAAGACUGGAACAGGUCUUCCUCGGCGAGUCAGUGGGUGGUGUCGACCUGAGCGACGACGACUACAGCGAGCUCGCGCAGUGGUGGCCUGACCUCGUGCACCUGCGUAUACCGAACGCGAGGGGGAACUCUUGCACAUCGCGGACGCUUCUCGCCUUCGCCAAGCACUGCAAGCGGCUCGAGUCGCUCAACCUGAACCUGGAUGCGCGGAGCCCAUGCCUGCCAUACAGCGAAAUUGCGGAAGCGACGCGUGAGCCUCACGUCCUUCAGCGUCUUGAAAUCAACGGUGGAUCUGUCGAGGUGGCAGAAGAUAUGAUGGCGGAGCUUCUGAGCGCGCUGUUUCCUGGCCUUAAAGAGGUGGAACAUCAGGGUAGCAAUGACGAUCCAGAUCAGCGCGUAGACGUUUCGACGAGCAUUGCCAUGGGUCCUGUACGGCUGAGAUGCGGCCUCAACGAGGAGGGCGCAUUGGCGACCCGGCUUAGUCGCGCGCUUAUACAUCUAAAGCUCGAUGUCAGCUGGGACGAAUGGUCAAAGGGCAGGCGGACGUCAUUUACGGAAGUGGCAUUCGGGAACCUGCGCUCGGUGCGGCUCACCAAGCCUCAGCCCGUUGCCCUCGUGCGCGCGCUCUUGCAGGUCUGGGAGGGACCGCGAAUUAUCGAGGAGCUGGCGGUCCAGGUCGUGUCAGAAUUCGGGGUGCCGGUCGCGUUUAACCACCUCCGUCCGCUCUCUCGUCAUCACCGCCUGAAGGUACUGCACCUUGGGGAUAAUGAUGGAGCGGUCAACAUCAACGAAGCGGGCUGGCACCAGAUCGCGCAGCGGUGGCCGGAAAUGGAGGACCUGCUGAACGCGCUGGACGUGCCCCCGUACGACGAGGCAUGCGGUGUUGCUGAGAAGUCGAAAGACUCCGUCCUCUGGCGGCUGGGCAUAUCGCUGACGCCUCGCUGGUCGCAGAAUUUCUCGCUACUAUUCUCCCUCAACUAGUCGAGGUGCGGUAACUGGAGAAGGAGGGGUCACGCACGACAGAGCGGGAGAGACGGAAGAGGGGGAAGCUGGAGGAUGGUGGAGAGCGAGUUGGAGGAUAGCUGAGCUUGCUUAGAGCUUC